AUGUCGGUAUCCCAUUACCCAGCCGAGGAGUCUAGUUUAAUGCCGAAGAAAGUCAAGGUAAGCAACCCACUAGUGUUAGGUUUUUCGGAUGAGAACAAGUUUGGAACCAUACAACCCCAUGAUGAUGCUUUGGUGGUUGCACUUAAAAUUAGAGGGUACGACGUAAAAAGGGUGAUGAUUGACCAAGGCAACGGAGCUGAAAUAAUGUAUCCUGACCUAUAUAAGAGGCUAAAUUUGAAACCUAAGAACCUAACAGCCUAUAGUUCUCCUCUGGUAAGUUUUGAAGCUAAAAUGGUUAUUCCGAAAGGUCAGAUCAGAUUACCCAUGCAAACCGGCUCAGAUGUGGUAGAGGUGUACUUUAUUGUUAUAGAUGCUUUCUCUCCAUAUACGGCCAUUAUGGGCAGACCCUGGCUUCAUACCCUAGGAGCUGUCUCCUCCACUCUUCACCAAAAGGUGAAAUAUCCUUCGGGAGGCCAAGUUUUGGAAAUUGUAGGAAGUCAGUCCAUAGCCAGACAAUGCCUAGUAGCGGCCAUCCAACAUCGGCCUGAGACAGAAAUCUCGGCCACUGCUGAGAGCGACUUAUAG